AUGAUGUUCUUUCCUUUUAUUCUGGCAGCCAUAUCACUCCUGCUUUCUGUCUUUUACAAACCGUCUGAAUUUAACACAGAUGCGCUAUCAGAGCAGCAUUCACGCGUCCUCCUAUUAACUGCUCAUCCUGACGACGAAUGCUUUUUCUUUGCACCAACAAUUCUGGCCCUUCAGCGAAGUAGCUCAAGUCCUGAAAUCUUCUCCUUAUGCUUAUCCAGCGGAAAUGCUGAUGGUCUUGGGGAACGACGAAAGGGAGAGCUUGUGCGCAGUUUAGACAUACUCGGAGUUGAGAAGGAUAACCGUUGGAUUAUUGAGCAUCCACAGUUGCAAGAUAACAUAACGCAGCAGUGGGAUGCAGAGAUUAUUGCUGAAGUCCUUCGACCAUUCGUGAUUGGGCACAACAUCACUUCUGUCUUGACCUUUGACACCAAGGGGAUAUCUUUGCAUCCCAAUCACUUUUCGCUCCCAUUGGGUGCAUCAUACCUCAUCAAAUCUCUGUCGUCUUCUUCACAUAUAUCUGUGCCACGUCUCUUCAGUCUAGUCACGGUGCCGGUCCUUCCAAAAUAUGUCGGGCUGCCGUCUGCCAUUCUUACUCGCCUCGGCAUCAUCUCUCAAGCCUUUUUAGCCUUGGAACCUACGGUGGAUUCACUUCCCGUCUUUAUUUCAGGGAUCCCGGACUACCUCACAACUGUAAGGGCUAUUUUAGCGCAUGACUCGCAGAUGAUGUGGUUUCGCUACUUGUACAUGACGUCUUCGAGGUAUAUGUGGGUCAAUGAAUGGGUCGAGUUCAAGACUCAUCCACUUGAUGCUACCAUAUGA